AUGCGCCUGGACGGGUGGCCACAGCCGACAAGUGCGGGGCUGUGCAGUUGGCGAUGCCUGCUGGUCGAGUUCGAGGGGGAGGCGUUCUUACACGAACGUUUGGUGAUUAAGGCACACCCCAACGGCGGCUCAGCCUGGAUUGCGACGCCUGAUCAGGACGAGUACGAGGAGGACUACCGUAACGAUCCCGACAUCGUGGGGGUCACCUUCCUGGAUGAUGCGGGUCGCCCUCCAGCGCCGCCCCACCUGCCGGUGUACGCCUUUCGGGCUGCCCCGACUCAGGCGGUCCUGCAGGCAGCGCUCGGCAACGCAGAGGUGCAAACUCAGCUGUUGGGCUGGGGCCAGGCUGUCGCGGCGCCGCAGGUCCAGGCGGGUGCGAUCGGUGUCCCAGGCGCGGGGAAGUGGCUCCUGGCGGAGCCGUGCGGCAACAUGAAGAUCGGGGAUGAGGCGCCUGUUGCUCCCACGGGCCCGUUCGCGAGCGUGAAGGCGGUGUCGACCUGCACGCUGCCGUCGGGCAACACCGUGGCCGUCUUCGUGGAGUGGGUGCCGACGCACAAGGUGAGUGAUUGUCGCAUUAUGAAGCCCCGUUUCGAGCAUGGCGUUCGCAGUCGUACCUUCAACGACAGAGUGUUGGAGUUGUUCGAGGAGCCUGACCUCGAUGGCUUCCCGAAGGGUCCUCGCAUCACGUUGGGCACCGCACAGACUUUGAGGUCUCAGGGGCUGACCUGGCAGACCCAGGCUCGUGAGUGGCCCGUCGCGGCUCGCAUUCCUCCUGGGGACAGGUCGGUGCACGAGUACAAGCUGAUCUGUGAGGUGCUGAAUGCGUUGCAGUGCAUCGAUCAGUGUAACCUGCCGAACCUGGUAGGGGCCGAGCUCUUGGUGAGGCGCAAGAGCGUGCUGGAGGAGGCGCACGCCUCGUCGCCCAGCAACCCGGACUACAGCGCAGCCGACAUCAUGAUGGGCUGGGCUGAGACGAGGGGCACGGGGAGCACUCCUGAGUCACUCAUGAGCUACACCGCUAACAGGCUGAAGGAUAAGGCAGCGAUCUUGAAGGAGAAGAGGAAGGCAGUCGAUGAGUCCAGGCUCGGGGGAAAAGGUCAGCCCUCGAAGGACAAGGACAAGGGCACCAAGAACUAG